UCCCAAAACUACACUGACUGUGAAACCAAACCCUGCAUUCACUGGAGAGACAGUCACUCUGAUGUGUUCAGUUGGGUCUGACAGUAGAUGGAGCUAUAAGUGGUACAAAGACUGGAAUUAUAAUGUAGUGUCCCAGUCUGUCAGACACACUAUCACAGGAAACACCCUCACCAUCAGUAGAGCUGCUGAGUCUGACCAGGGUCAGUACUGGUGUGAAGGGAACAGAGUGUCUCGACCCACAUCUUCACAACUAAGUGAUCCUGUCACUCUCACUGUAAAAGCUCUUCCCAAAACUACUCUGACUGUGAAGCCAAACCCUGCAUUCACUGGAGAGAAAGUCACUCUGAUGUGUUCAGUGACGUAUGACAGUAGAUGGAACUAUCAGCAGUACAAAGACUGGAAUUAUAAUGUAGUGUCCCAGUCUGUCAGACACACUAUCACAGGAAACACCCUCACCAUCAGUAGAGCUGCUGAGUCUGACCAGGGUCAGUACUGGUGUGAAGGGAACAGAGUGUCUCGACCCACAUCUUCACAACUAAGUGAUCCUGUCACUCUCACUGUAAAAGCUCUUCCCAAAACUACUCUGACUGUGAAGCCAAACCCUGCAUUCACUGGAGAGAAAGUCACUCUGAUGUGUUCAGUGACGUAUGACAGUAGAUGGAACUAUCAGCAGUACAAAGACUGGAAUUAUAAUGUAGUGUCCCAGUCUGUCAGACACACUAUAACAGGAGACACCUUCACUAUCAGUAGAGCUGCUGAGUCUGACCAGGGUCUCUACUGGUGUGAAGGGAACAGAGUGUCUCGACCCACAUCUUCACAACCAAGUGAUCCUGUCACUCUCACUGUAAAAGCUCUUCCCAAAACUACUCUGACUGUGAAGCCAAACCCUGCAUUCACUGGAGAGACAGUCACUCUGAUGUGUUCAGUGACGUAUAACAGUAGAUGGAACUAUCAGCGGUACAAAGACUGGAAUUAUAAUGUAGUGUCCCAGUCUGUCAGACACACUAUCACAGGAAACACCCUCACCAUCAGUAGAGCUGCUGAGUCUGACCAGGGUCAGUACUGGUGUGAAGGGAACAGAGUGUCUCGACCCACAUCUUCACAACUAAGUGAUCCUGUCACUCUCACUGUAAAAGAUUAUCAGCCGUCGACAUCACUGACUUCAGACAAAGAGGACGUAUUCACAGGAGACAGAGUGACACUGAGCUGUACUGUAGAGUCUCCUGGAUGGAAGUUUUACUGGUACAGACACAGACCAGACUCUACACCAGUAACCACAACCUCUGGAUACUCCUACACACUCAGCAGGGUCAGGGUCUCUGAUGGAGGACGGUACUGGUGCAGAGCUGGGAGAGGAGACCCAGUCUACUACACUCUGUACAGUGACCCAGUCCAGAUAAACAUUACUGAGAGGCCUGUUGCUGUUCUGACCCUCCAACCAAACUGGACCCAGAUAUUCAGUGGAGAGACUGUUACUAUGAGAUGUGACAUACAGGGAGGAGGAGACUCUGUCUGGAACUACAGAUGGUAUAAUAAUAGUCAGUUAUUCAUCCUCUUUAACACAAAGCCUGAGUACAGAAUUAGUCCUGUCUACUGGUCUAACAGUGGAUCAUAUACCUGUGAGGGUGUAAAGGGAAACAAGUUCUCCAAGACCAGUGAGGCUGUAAAACUGACCGUGUCUGAUCAACCCCAACCUGUCCUGAGUAUCUCUCCUCAGUGGCUGAACCCUCGAGACUCGGUGACUCUGAGCUGUGAAGUUGACAAGACGUCUACAGGCUGGAGGUUCUCCUGGUACAGGAUUGUUCCCUACAGAGCUGGGUUACUCUCCCUAUCAGACAAGUCUUACUCUCUACAGCCCCUAUCUGACAAUGUGACUAGUGAAGACUCCUACACUCUGAUCCCUGCUGGUCCUACUCACACAGGAGGAUAUGUGUGUCGAGCUGGGAGAGGAGACCCAGUCUAUGACACACUCUACAGUGAACCUCAGUUUCUCUGGUCAGGAGAUCUGCAGCCUUCAGCGUCUCUUACAGUAAAUCCCAACACAACUCAACACUUUACAUCAAAGUCUCUCUCACUGACCUGUGAGCUGAAGGGGAACUCUACUGGAUGGAGACUGAUGAGCUACAGAGAGAGAAUAGUGAAGUCAGGGUGUGUCUCUACCUGGAGAUCAAUAACAGAAUCCACCUGCACCAUCAGAUCAUUGACAACAUGGUCCAGUGGAGUGUUCUGGUGUGAGUCUGGAUCAGGAGAGAACAGUAAUGCUGUCAACAUCACAGUAAAUGAUGGUGAUGUGAUCCUGGAGAGUCCUGUCCAUCCUGUGACUGAAGGAGACUCUGUGACUCUGACCUGUACAUUUAGACAUCAGGGAACAAAUCCUAAACUCAAUACUGAUUUCUACAAAGAUGGAACAUUCAUCAAGAAUGAGACCACAGGAGAGAUGACCAUCCCUAUAGUAUCCAAGUCAGAUGAAGGAUUCUAUAAGUGUAAAUCUGAUGAAGGAGAAUCACCAGAGAGCUGGGUGACAGUGAGAGCUCCUGGAUCCUCUACAUCAGUCCUAGUAGGAGUGGUUGUGGGUCUGGUUGUUGCUGGUGUUCUACUGGUCAUUCUCCUGGUACUGCUGGUGAGAUAUAAAAACAGCAAAGGUUCCUGUUUCAACAGAAUAUUCUGGCCCCCUCAGCCCCAGAGCACCAACCAUGACCCCCAACAGGACCAAGGAUCUACCCAGGGUGACACUAACAUCUACGAUACGAUCAAUUCCUCAGACAACAAUGAUAAUGAUGUUGCUGGUGCUUCUGCUGCUGGACCAAGUCAUGUGACUUACGCCCAGAUUCAUCUGAAAAAGUUGGGCAAGAAAAAGAAAGAAAAGAGAAAUGAUCCUAAAGACUAUCCAGUCUACUCUGAGGUGAAGACAGGGAAAGCCACUGCAGCAGCUGGACCUGUUAAUGUGACCUAUGCUGAGGUUGACCUCCAAAAGAAGACCAAAGCCAAGAAGAAGAGAGAAACAGCAACCCCACCUGAGCCAGAAUCUGUCUAUUCUCUAGUGAAGCCAUACACAGCCCCCGCAGCUGGACCUGUUGAUGUGACCUAUGCUGAGGUUGAUCUCCAAAAGAAGGUCAAAACCAAGAAGAAGAGAGAAAGAGCAACCCCACCAGAGGCAGAUUCAGUCUAUUCUCGAUUGAAGCCACGAUAAUGCCCCGGUAAGACUAAUAGCCAUAUGGUAUUGAUACUAAAAUUAUAUAAAUCUGGAACUAAUGUUCUAAUAUCAAAUUCUAAUGUAUCUAUUUAAAGUACAGUGGGGCAAAAAAGUAUUUAGUCAGCCACCAAUUGUGCAAGUUCUCCCACUUAAAAAGGUGAGAAAGGCCUGUAAUUUUCAUCAUAGGUACACUUCAACUAUGACAGAAAAAAAAUCCAGAAAAUCACAUUGUAGGAUUUUUUAUUAAUUUAUUUGCAAAUUAUGGUGGGAAAUAAGUAUUUGGUCAAUAACAAAAGUUUAUCUCAAUACUUUGUUAUAUACCCUUUGUUGGCAAUGACAGAGGUCAAACGUUUUCUGUAAGUCUUCACAAGGUUUUCACACACUGUUGCUGGUAUUUUGGCCCAUUCCUCCAUGCAGAUCUCCUGUAGAGCAGUGAUGUUUUGGGGUUGUUGCUGGGCAACACGGACUUUCAACUCCCUCCAAAGAUUUUCUAUGGGGUUGAGAUCUGGAGACUGGCUAGACCACUCCAGGACCUUGAAAUGCUUCUUACGAAGCCACUCCUUCGUUGCCCGGGCGGUGUGUUUGGGAUCAUUGUCAUGCUGAAAGACCCAGCCACGUUUCAUCUUCAAUGCCCUUGCUGAUGGAAGGAGGUUUUCACUCAAAAUCUCACGAUACAUGGCCCCAUUCAUUCUUUCCUUUACACGGAUCAGUCGUCCUGGUCCCUAUGCAGAAAAACAGCCCCAGAGCAUGAUGUUUCCACCCCCAUGCUUCACAGUAGGUAUGGUGUUCUUUGGAUGCAACUCAGCAUUCUUUGUCCUCCAAACACGACGAGUUGAGUUUUUACCAAAAAGUUAUAUUUUGGUUUCCUCUGACCAUAUGACAUUCUCCCAAUCUUCUUCUGGAUCAUCCAAAUGCUCUCUAGCAAACUUCAGACGGGCCUGGACAUGUACUAGCUGAAGAAGGGGGACACGUCUGGCAUUGCAGGAUUUGAGUCCCUGGCGGCGUAGUGUGUUACUGAUGGUAGGCUUUGUUACUUUGGUCCCAGCUCUCUGCAGGUCAUUCACUAGGUCCCAUUGUGUGGUUCUGGGAUUUUUGCUCACCGUUCUUGUGAUCAUUUUGACCCCAUGGGGUGAGAUCUUGCGUGGAGCCCCAGAUCGAGGGAGAUUAUCAGUGGUCUUGUAUGUCUUCCAUUUCCUAAUAAUUGCUCCCACAGUUGAUUUCUUCAAACCAAACUGCUUACCUAUUGCAGAUUCAGUCUUCCCAGCCUAGUUCAGGUCUACAAUUUUGUUUCUGGUUUCCUUUGACAGCUAUUUGGUCUUGGCCAUAGUGGAGUUUGGAGUGUGACUGUUUGAGGUUGUGGACAGGUGUCUUUUAUACUGAUAACAAGUUCAAACUUGUGCCAUUAAUAUAAGUAACGAGUGGAGGACAGAGGAGCCUCUUAAAGAAGAGGUCUGUGAGAGCCAGAAAUCUUGCUUGUUUGUAGAUGACCAAAUACUUAUUUUCCACCAUAAUUUGCAAAUAAAUUCAUUAAAAAUCCUACAAUGUGAUUUUCUGGAUUUUUUUUCUCAUUUUGUCUGUCAUAGUUGAAGUGUACCUAUGAUGACAAUUACAGGCCUCUCUCAUCAUUUUAAGUGGGAGAACUUGCACAAUUGGUGGCUGACUAAAUACUUUUUUGCCCCACUGUAUGUCUCUAUGUUUUAUUCUUAGGGGAUUGUUUUACUUCAUGCAGGUCCUUGAGGGAGAUGGAGGGAUAAUUAACUUUGUGUGGUGAUAUGUUACAGGUCCUUGAGGGAGAUGGAGGGAUAAAUAACUUUGUGUGGUGAUAUGUUACAGGUCCUUGAGGGAGUCUGAGGGAUAAAUAACUUUUUGUGGUGAUAUGUUACAGGUCCUUGAGGGAGAUGGAGGGAUAAAUAACUUUGUGUGGUGAUAUGUUACAGGGCCUUGAGGGAGAUGGAGGGAUAAAUAACUUUGUGUGGUGAUAUGUUACAGGUCCUUGAGGGAGAUGGAGGGAUAAAUAACUUUGUGUGGUGAUAUGUUACAGGUCCUUGAGGGAGAUGGAGGGAUAAAUAACUUUGUGUUGUGAUAUGUUACAGGUCCUUGAGGGAGAUGGAGGGAUAAAUAACUUUGUGUGGUGAUAUGUUACAGGGCCUUGAGGGAGAUGGAGGGAUAAAUAACUUUGUGUGGUGAUAUGUUACAGGUCCUUGAGGGAGAUGUAGGGAUAAAUAACUUUGUGUGGUGAUAUGUUACAGGGCCUUGAGGGAGAUGGAGGGAUACAUAACUUUGUGUGGUGAUAUGUUACAGGUCCUUGAGGGAGAUGGAGGGAUAAAUAACUUUGUGUGGUGAUAUGUUACAGGGCCUUGAUGGAGGGAUAAAUAACUUUGUGUGGUGAUAUGUUACAGGGCCUUGAGGGAGAUGGAGGGAUAAAUAACUUUGUGUGGUGAUAUGUUACAGGUCCUUGAAGGAGAUGGAGGGAUAAAUAACUUUGUGUGGUGAUAUGUUACAGGUCCUUGAGGGAGAUGGAGGGAUACAUAACUUUGUGUGGUGAUAUGUUACAGGUCCUUGAGGGAGAUGGAGGGAUAAAUAACUUUGUGUGGUGAUAUGUUACAGGUCCUUGAGGGAGAUGGAGGGAUAAAUAACUUUGUGUGGUGAUAUGUUACAGGUCCUUGAGGGAGAUGGAGGGAUAAAUAACUUUGUGUGGUGAUAUGUUACAGGUCCUUGAGGGAGAUGGAGGGAUAAAUAACUUUGUGUGGUGAUAUGUUACAGGUCCUUGAGGGAGAUGGAGGGAUAAAUAACUUUGUGUGGUGAUAUGUUACAGGUCCUUGAGGGAGAUGGAGGGAUAAAUAACUUUGUGUGGUGAUAUGUUACAGGUCCUUGAGGGAGAUGGAGGGAUAAAUAACUUUGUGUGGUGAUAUGUUACAGGUCCUUGAGGGAGUCUGAGGGAUAAAUAACUUUGUGUGGUGAUAUGUUACAGGUCCUUGAUGGAGGGAUAAAUAACUUUGUGUGGUGAUAUGUUACAGGGCCUUGAUGGAGGGAUACAUAACUUUGUGUGGUGAUAUGUUACAGGUCCUUGAGGGAGAUGGAGGGAUAAAUAACUUUGUGUGGUGAUGUGUUACAGGUCCUUGAGGGAGAUGGAGGGAUAAAUAACUUUGUGUGGUGAUAUGUUACAGGUCCUUGAGGGAGAUGGAGGGAUAAAUAACUUUGUGUGGUGAUAUGUUACAGGUCCUGGAAGGAGAUGGAGGGAUAAAUAACUUUGUGUGGUGAUAUGUUACAGGUCCUGGAAGGAGAUGGAGGGAUAAAUAACUGUGUGUGGUGAUAUGUUACAGGUCCUUGAGGGAGAUGGAGGGAUAAAUAACUUUGUGUGGUGAUAUGUUACAGGUCCUUGAGGGAGAUGGAGGGAUAAAUAACUUUGUGUGGUGAUAUGUUACAGGUCCUUGAGGGAGAUGGAGGGAUAAAUAACUUUGUGUGGUGAUAUGUUACAGGUCCUUGAGGGAGAUGGAGGGAUAAAUAACUUUGUGUGGUGAUAUGUUACAGGUCCUGGAAGGAGAUGGAGGGAUAAAUAACUUUGUGUGGUGAUAUGUUACAGGUCCUUGAGGGAGAUGGAGGGAUAAAUAACUUUGUGUGGUGAUAUGUUACAGGUCCUUGAGGGAGAUGGAGGGAUAAAUAACUUUGUGUGGUGAUAUGUUACAGGUCCUUGAGGGAGAUGGAGGGAUAAAUAACUUUGUGUGGUGAUAUGUUACAGGUCCUUGAGGGAGAUGGAGGGAUAAAUAACUUUGUGUGGUGAUAUGUUACAGGUCCUUGAGGGAGAUGGAGGGAUAAAUAACUUUGUGUGGUGAUAUGUUACAGGUCCUUGAGGGAGAUGGAGGGAUAAAUAACUUUGUGUGGUGAUAUGUUACAGGGCCUUGAGGGAGAUGUAGGGAUAAAUAACUUUGUGUGGUGAUAUGUUACAGGUCCUUGAGGGAGAUGGAGGGAUAAAUAACUUUGUGUGGUGAUAUGUUACAGGUCCUUGAGGGAGAUGGAGGGAUAAAUAACUUUGUGUGGUGAUAUGUUACAGGUCCUUGAGGGAGUCUGAGGGAUAAAUAACUUUGUGUGGUGAUAUGUUACAGGUCCUUGAGGGAGAUGGAGGGAUAAAUAACUUUGUGUGGUGAUAUGUUACAGGUCCUUGAUGGAGGGAUAAAUAACUUUGUGUGGUGAUAUGUUACAGGUCCUUGAGGGAGAUGGAGGGAUAAAUAACUUUGUUUGGUGAUAUGUUACAGGUCCUUGAGGGAGAUGGAGGGAUAAAUAACUUUGUGUGGUGAUCUACUACAGGUCCUUGAGGGAGAUGGAGGGAUAAAUAACUUUGUGUGGUGAUAUGUUACAGGUCCUGGAAGGAGAUGGAGGGAUAAAUAACUUUGUGUGGUGAUAUGUUACAGGUCCUUGAGGGAGAUGGAGGGAUAAAUAACUUUGUGUGGUGAUAUGUUACAGGUCCUUGAGGGAGAUGGAGGGAUAAAUAACUUUGUGUGGUGAUAUGUUACAGGUCCUGGAAGGAGAUGGAGGGAUAAAUAACUUUGUGUGGUGAUAUGUUACAGGUCCUUGAGGGAGAUGGAGGGAUAAAUAACUUUGUGUGGUGAUAUGUUACAGGUCCUGGAAGGAGAUGGAGGGAUAAAUAACUUUGUGUGGUGAUAUGUUACAGGUCCUGGAAGGAGAUGGAGGGAUAAAUAACUUUGUGUGGUGAUAUGUUACAGGUCCUGGAAGGAGAUGGAGGGAUAAAUAACUUUGUGUGGUGAUAUGUUACAGGUCCUUGAGGGAGAUGGAGGGAUAAAUAACUUUGUGUGGUGAUAUGUUGCAGGUCCUUGAUGGAGGGAUAAAUAAUUUUGUGUUGUGAUAUGUUAGAGGUCCUUGUGGGAGAUGGAGGGACACUUCAUCAGAGGAGGAGCAGGAUAAACCUGGGAAUAUGGAUUAUGCACACACGCAAGCGCACCCACGCGCAAGCGCACCCACGCAAGCGCCCUCACACAUACACAUAAGGAUUUAUAUGUAUAUAUAACAACAUAUAUAUUUGAUUUAAUAUUGGUUUUUGUGUAUAACUGCAACAGCUUUUUAAACAAUGAUAUGGUGUUGUGGAUAUUAUCUGCAGCUACAGCUAACUAUACAUUUUGAGAGUAAUGAAACUGGAAGGGAUGAUAGAUGAUCAGGGAAGCAGAUCUGAUGACACCGAGGUCUGAGGAAGCAUUGACGGUCUGAUGAUCCUUUGAACAGAGGGAGCCGCUCAGAGUAGAAAAACAGUCAGGGUCCGUAGCCUCAGCAGCGCACCAUGCUGGUGAUGCUUAGCUUAGCUGGCUAGCCACUCCUCUCCACUAACUCUAUGUAGCACCCACUUGGGUGAUGCUAUUAUGCUGCCACAAAGAUGCUGGAAGAAUAACAUUAGCAGUUAGAGUAUCUUAUCCACUAGUCCCAGCCAUCUCCUCAUGCAGUCCUCUCACUUCUUCUGCUUCUCUCCAGUGUUGUGACAUUCUAGUCCAUUCACAUACACACAGUCUCCAAGCUAGCUUGUUAGAUAGCAAUUGAGCCAAAACUGGCAAAUUUGAACUUUAAAAUCAUUAUUGAUGACCAAUUAAUUAUGGAUUCUAAAUUACCAAUCAAAAAACAAAAAGCUGAUAGAAAAAUGGCCAUACAAAAAAACUUAAAGGCCCAGUGCAGUCAAAAAAUGUGAUAUCCUGUGUUGUGUGUAUAUACACUGAGUAUACCAGACAUUAGGAACUACUGCCUAAUAUUCAGUUUGCCCCUUCCCACUCAGACCACUCCCAGACAUUCAUAGCAUCAUUCUUGUUUGACAAAUUGCUCUUUGCUUAGAAUUUGUUUUUGUUAAUUUUUUUUACCACAAUCACAGUAAGAUUCUUACUUGUUACCCAGAAAUUAUUUGAUAUCGAGAUAAAAGUGGACCUUUAAAGACCACUAAAUAUGAUUAAAUGUACAAAACAUUUAUGAGAACGAUCAUCCAUGGCUUCCAUAGCGGCACCAUCGUGGCUAUUUUUUAUUUAUUGUUUAUGUUGUCAAUGUCUGAAAUGUAUUAUCUUUGAUGAAUUUUUCUGUCAUUACAUGAUAUAAUAACAUUUUUCUUUAUGAUUUUUACAGAAUACUUUCAGUAUUAUACAUGUUUUUUUUCUAUUCAACUGUACUUUUUCAAUAUCUUUGCAUUGCGCUUUUUUAAUAAACUUAAGUUUUUCAUCCACAAGAUAGAA